AUGGCCGUUGCGCACGGGCAGGUCCGUUAUUCUAUUCCCGAGAAGUUAAACAAAGGAGCAGUUGUGGGAAAUAUCGUUCAGGAUCUCGGGUUGGAUGUAAAAAGACUGAAAUCUGGAAGAGCUCGGAUCUUUACGGAGGACAGUCGUGAGUACAUCAGUCUGAAUGUGGACAAAGGCACUCUGAUAGUCCGUUAUUCUAUUCCCGAGAAGUUAAACAAAGGAGCAGUUGUGGGAAAUAUCGUUCAGGAUCUCGGGUUGGAUGUAAAAAGACUGAAAUCUGGAAGAGCUCGGAUCUUCACGGAGGACAGUCGUGAGUACAUCGGUCUGAAUGUGGACAAAGGCACUCUGAUAAAGAUCUUUCUGUCAACGGAGUUUCUGCUUCGUCUUAUAUUUCUGUUAACGCAGAGGCGGGAGAUUCUUGCUAUUCGAUCUUUUGAUUUCGAGCAAACAAAAGAGUUCAACAUUCGCGUAAAAGCGCAGGACGGAGGAAACCCGCCGCUCAGUAGCAACGUGAGUGUGAAAAUGAUUAUUCAGGACCAGAAUGACAACGCGCCUCAGAUUCUGUAUCCAGUACAAACUGGUGGCUCUGUGGUGGCUGAAAUGGUGCCUCGUUCAGCAGAUGUGGGAUAUCUGGUCACUAAAGUGGUGGCUGUGGAUGUGGACUCUGGACAGAAUGCCUGGCUCUCAUAUAAACUACACAAAGCGACAGACAGGGCGCUGUUUGAAGUGGGCUUACAGAAUGGAGAAAUCAGAACGCGCCAAGUCACUGAUAAAGAUGCUGUGAAACAGAAGCUCACUGUUGUAGUGGAGGACAACGGACAGCCUUCUCGUUCAGCUACAGUCAAUGUUAACGUGGUGGUGGCGGACACUUUCCCUGAAGUGCUCUCCGAGUUCACUGACUUUACGCACGACAAGGAAUAUAACGAGAACCUGACUUUAUAUCUAGUCCUGGCCUUGGCUGUAGUUUCAUUUCUCUUCAUCGUGUCCAUCAUAGCUAUAGUGUCAGUGAAAUGCUACAGAUGGAGACGUGAGCGGAUGUUUUAUAAAUCCGGUGCCAAUCUGCCAGUUAUUCCUUAUUAUCCACCUCUUUACGCAGAUGUAGGAGGAACAGGAACUUUACAGCAUGUGUACAAUUAUGACGCUUACAGAACCACUGACUCUAGAAAAAGUGAUCUGAAAUACACCAGACCUCCUACUGAGAGCAUCAUUAGUCUGGACCGCAACGGAACUCACACUUUAACGAAUGCAAAGAGGGUUAAAUCUUGUGACGAUUACGAUCAGGUGAGAAUUUAA